AAAAUGUACUUCCAAAUGAUUUUGUGAGGAAUUUGAAAAACAGUUAAACAAUUCCAUAACAUUUAUAACUUCACUAUCUGUUUUAAAUUGACCAUUAUUGCCAUUCCGAAGGCUGUAUUUCAAUAUAGUUUCUAGUUUGAACGGGAAAGUCCAGAUUGAGCAGUGGUGCCAAACGAUGUGUCAUAAUUGUUCAAAUUUCUGUAAGAUUAAUUCACAUGGUAACAAUAUUAGUGAGUUUUAAAUGUGUUAAAAUUCUUCGUUGAUUAUAAUUUUGAAUUAAUGAAUAAUACUUUGUUAUGCAACCUGAAAGCGCUUUUCUUUAUAUCAAAAUGUACAGCCUGUGUAACGUGGUAUUCUUGUUCUGAAGACAGCUGUUCUAUCUGGAAAUUUAAAAUAAUCACAUAUGAGCUCUAUGAUGUCAAGUGACGAAUAUCAAAUCACAUCUGAGAUUCACCAAGAAAUUAACAGAGACAGCACAGAGAAGCCCAGUUUAGCAACAGAAAAUGUGGUUUCAAGAUUUCCAUUCAAAUACGCACUCAACAUUGAGUCUUCGGAAUGUGGUACAAAUUGUGGGGUGAUGAUGGAUGAAGAUGGCGAUCUAAUCGUAUGCAGGAAACCUGUUUUGAUGCAGAAAGAAGGGAUUAUUGCAAUUGAGCACAGUUAUUCUACAACACUGGACCUUGUGGGCCGUCAGAUUUGGCGUGGUGCAUUACUUUUGGGAGACUUUCUACUUCAUUAUGGGUCUUCACUUCUGCAAGAUCACACCGUCCUAGAGCUGGGAUCUGGUGUUGGGUUUACUAGUAUUGUUGCAGCCAUGUUUGCAUCAGAAGUAAUAUGCACAGACAUUGAUGUGGGAGGAAUCCUGGAACUCAUCAGAGCGAAUGCAGCCAGAAAUUACAAGCUUCUGAAGGCUAAUUUCACUGUUCUUGGCCUUGAUUUCUAUGCACAUGGCUGGUGCCCUAAUGUUGAAGCAAAACUAACAAAUGUUACAGUGGUUCUUGUUGCUGAUGUGAUUUAUGACAACGAUGUGACAGAAGCAUUUGUGAACACCUUGCAGAGAAUUUUGAGAACUCCUCCAGACAAGACAGUAUACAUUGCAUUGGAGAAAAGGUAUGUAUUCACAGUUGCUGACUUUGAUUCCGUAGCACCAUGCUAUGAGUAUUUCCUGCAGUGUCUGCAGAAAGCUCAGGCAAAACCUCUGGAUUCGCAGUGGGAAGUGGAGCAAGUGCCAAUUGAUUUUCCUCAAUAUUUCAACUAUGAACGUGUCAAAGAGCUGGUCCUUUGGCGUAUAAUAUCAAAAUGUUAGGCCUUCAAUUUUUGUAGUUUACCUUAUUACAAGAUAUAUGUAGUAUGAUAUUGUCAUGUAGUAUGUGUGUGACUGUAGAUGGGGUUUGGAUUGGUGACUUUAUUGACCAUGUAUACACUUGCGACUCGUGACUACACUUUACAGAUCACUGAUAAAGACCAGGGUCCUCAAUCUAUUAGUCUCCAUUAGCCUGUUCCUGGCAACAGAUUUUAACACAGGAACUAUAACAGACUUACUGAAUUACACACUCCAAAUAUCCCAUGAAGUCUUCUCACAGCUGGACUUUCAACUGAGCGUUCUUGCAACUAACUUGUGGCCAUUUCAUGCCAACCUCCUAGUCUUCUCUUCACUGCCUGACUAUCAACUGACUAAGCUCUAAACCUCAUCUUGCUUAUAACCUUCCAGCACGGACAAUUUAGAAAACACAGCCUCUAUUGCUGUACCAUUGUUGCGUUCGUGUCCGUUGCACGGGGAUGCAUUUGCAGAACUGUUGCCUUGAAACGUCUCUGGUAUAUUUGUUUAUCCUGUGGUUGUUGCAUAGUAAUGGUUUACACUCUACAAUAUAAAAUCUUUAUAUGCCUUUCACCGUUAUGUGCACAGAUUUUCCACUGUGCAGUUUGUUUACAAAGAUUAACCAUGACAAUGGAGCUUUAAUUACAUUGAAUGUCUUAUUGGGCAUUGAUUAAGUACAGUAUUUGAAUCUGAAUCAUUUACAGUGAAAGGCUUAUUGGCUGUUAGUAUUAGAUAAUAUUUAUAGAUAGAGAACCAUUAUUUUUGGAAGUAUUUACAAUUGAUUUGUCAAAGGGUGAAAUGUGUAAUUGGUAUACCUUGGAACUAACACAUUUUCUGCCAGUCUUUCAUAAUUCCAACUGCAGUACAUGACUUAAAGGAGGGGUUAGGCAGAUACUUUCUGUGGCUCAAUGCUAUUGCUGUCUUUAGAAUUGGUCAUUGUUAAUGUUAUAUUCGACCAUUAACAGUAUUUACAAUGGUGAAAGUGUUUCUGGGAUGUUUCAUUGUGUAUGUGUAUUUUUUUAGUGACAAAUUUUAAGUUAUUAGAGUUUCUCUUCUUUCAUGAGUAAAUAAUAUUAAGCUCCCUAAGAACUUCAAAUGUGUGCGAGAAAAUUACUAAUUCUCUUAUGCAGCUUGGAUGCUUCAGUGGUUAAUAACAGCAGAAAUGUGUGACAGCAUAUGGAUGUUAUAUAAAUGGAACAGUGUUGUAUUUUAGCGUCCUGUUGCACUGAUUCUCGUCCAUGAUAUGUAUGUAUUGGCCGUCUUGUAGUGCACUC